AUGCCUCCCUGCAAGACUGGGUGUCUCUCGACAUUGCUAGGGGGCUUCAAAAGAGAAAAACAUGUUGAGGAGAUGAGUCACAAGGUGGACGACCAAAAAGUCGAAAAGUCUAACGAGAAACCCCCUACGUAUGACCCUCCCGGCAGCGACGCUCCUGACAACGUUAGCCAGAAAACGCAGAUUUCAAGGGUUGAUGAAAGACCUGCUAUCAAUGACAGAACGAUCAGUGGCACUGCUGCUCACCACGGACACACCACAACCCAAGCGGCAUCUAUUCACAAAGCUCUCUGGGACAAGGCCUAUGGCAACCUCAAAAAUGACCCAGGAAAGGCAGAAUACGUCUCAAGGUACGAGGAACUGCUUGCGAAGGUAUUUUUGAACCAACCCACGACCGAGAAAGCAGUCGGAACGAACGAGUCUUCUCAACACCUCGGAGAAGAACAAAUGAAAAAAGUGGUCGAUGAAGGCCUUGCGAGAAUUGAGAAAUACAAGAAAGCCAUUGAGCAUUCGGAAAGCACUUUUAAUGUAAUCAAGCAGGUCAAAGCCAUUCUUGACAUUCCUCUGAAGAAUGUCUCUCAGACUGCACUGCCGUGGGCCGUGAUUUCAUCUAGUGUUGAUAUAUUGCUCAAGCCAGUCAGCGCUGGAGCAGCGCUCUACAACGGCGUAGCUUAUGCGGUUUCGAGAAUCGAGUGGUACUCGAAAUUGACCAACAAACUUCUAUGUGAGGACAGCAUAAAAGAUGAUCAGUCGCUACACAAAAUACGAGAGGACAUAGCUGGGCGAAUCACGUCGUUGUAUGAGUCACUGCUUUUCUAUCAAAUCAAGAGCGUCUGUUUCUAUUACAAAAGGUAUCAGUUCCUAGUGUGGGCUCGCGGAUUGCUGGACCUGGACGAUUGGAAUGGCGAUCUGAAACACAUUCAAGAGGCAGAAGAUGCUCUUGCCAGGGAUUGCGCGCUUUUUGACAUGGAAUACAUGAAGGGUCAAAUGAGAGCGAUGAUCAUGGACACCAAGACAGCGGAAGACUCCCAGGAAUUUCAGAAGCGUCUGCAAGCUAUACGCCGUGUGAAUCCGCAGGCUACCUUAAAAACCAUCGAAAGCUUAAAGGAGAGUGUCAUGGAUGACCUAUAUACUUGGAUUUUUGAUACUGAGCUAUUCAAAGAUUUUAUUUGUUGGGAAGGGAACGCGCCUAGACGACUUUGGAUCAGUGGGCAGGCUGGAACUGGAAAGACAAUGCUUUCAAUAGGCACUAUAAAAGAACUGCAAACACAGUGCCUCAGGGGGCCAGAGCCCCCCACCAUCCUAUACUUCUUCUGCCAACACACCGACGCAGAUUUGAACAAUGGGGUUGCAGUACUUCAAAGCCUGGUGUGGAUGCUUCUCCGACAACAGCCCCACUUAAGCUCACACCUUGAUGAGCAAUUCUCUCAUUCAGGACAGAAAUUCAUCAGUGAUCGCAAUUCAUUCGCUACGUGGUGUGAUAUUUUGACAAGUAUGCUGAUAGAUUCAGCUCGUGUCAUAAUUGCCGUCGACGCUCUUGAUGAAUGUGAGGAAGGCUCGCGCAGGCAACUAUUGCGAUUUAUGAACGGUAUUGUUACCGAGGAGAAAAUGUCCCACGUAAAAUGGUUCAUUACCAGUCGGCCUCUAUUGGAGAUUCCAGACAGCAGACCUGAAACCACACUACGUUACCAUACGCUCCUGACGCUGGAUGAUCAAAACCUCAAUCCCUGGAUAAACUCUUACAUUGAUCGAAAGGUUCAGGCGCUUCGGAACAAAGCUAAGAAUCAAGAGCGCAUUCAAAGGAUUCAAGAUCAUUUACGUGAACGAGCCAGCAACACGUAUAUUUGGGUUUCUUUGGUGUUCGAGGAGAUAGAGAAUGCACCCGAGGCCCGGUGGCAGAAAAUCAUUGAAGAUACCCCACGGCAGCUGAAUGAGUUAUACAAUUAUCUGCUCAAGCAACUGCCCUGGUCGGAAUGCAAAACCGUUCUGUGUGUUGCAAUGGUGGCACGCCGGCCUUUGUCUUUAUGGGAAAUUGAGCAACUCACGGGAAUGGAAACAGGUGUCAAUGCAGGAAGAGACUAUGUAACUGGGUGCAGGUCGUUCCUGAGUAUUCGUGGCGAGACUGUGUAUUUCAUCCACCAAUCUGCUCAGGACUGGCUACUCCUGAACCAGCACCAGCUUUGGGAUGGAUCUCCUCAAGACGCUGAGAUUCUCAAGAAGAGCAUCCACCGUGAGAUUCUCGAAAACUCAUUGAAAGGAAUGAUGGAGACUUUGAAAGAAAAUGUAUAUCAGCUUCCUCAUUAUGGUGUCUUAUCAGAAGAGGUGGAGACUCCCUCACGAGACCCACUUGCUGCAAUUCGCUAUUCCUGUCAAUACUGGGCUUACCACCUCAAGGAAGGCGAGGUUAUGACAGAUACUAUUGACAUGCUUGGCUUUUUACGUCAGCGCUUUCUUCACUGGCUGGAGUCGUUGGCCUUGAUGAAAAUCAUGCCCGAAACAGUGGGAAUUAUUGACAUGUUGAGCUCCACACCCGCAAUGACGUCAAACCCUGAAGUACUCGAAUUUUUGCUGGAUGCAAAGCGAUUUGUCUGGAGGCACCAACAAUUGAUUAUGACCGCACCACUCCAAGUCUACGUAUCUGCGCUUAUAUUUACACCAAAGGCCAGCUUAGUGCGAGAGACAGAAAGUAUCCCGAAAUGGAUCGACCAGGUACCAAGCUUGGAAGAGGAUUGGGGGUCUUUAUUACAAACCUUCACAUUUCCCACAGAUGCAUUUGAAACGUGUUCUGUCUCCUGGUCACCUGACGAUCAAUUGAUUGCAAGCUUCCCAGAUAGAGAGUUGAGGAUAUGGGAUGUAAGAACAGGAAGCAUGGUCAGGAAAAUUGACGUUGAGGAGAGUUACAGGCCGGCGCAUGAUUUCAAGGAGGAAAAAGAUGUGCCUUCCGUCACCUUCACCCCAGACGGUCAAUUGUUGCUUGCACUAACACUGUAUAAAGUGUAUAUGUGGGAUACAGCUACAUGGGAAAUCUCGCAUAUAGUAGAAUGUCCAGGUGCUAUAAAGAGGAUUACGGUAUCUCCCAACAGCCAGUUACUGGCAUGUUUCCAAAAUGACGAAAAAAUAAAUUUAUGGCAGAGAAACGGCACCUUAUGGACUCUGAAGUGGACAUACCAGAGCCCACUGGCAAGUCCGGAACGUGAGCUACCGGCGGGUCUUUCAUUCUCAUUUGAUAACCGCUUACUCGCUUCUACUAUAGAUUUGAGGAGCAUAGGGUUUUUGGACACUGAACUUGGCGAACUACAGGAAAAAAUUGUGCAUAGGGGGGUGACUGCAAUCAAGUUUUUUAGGGACGGCAAACUUCUGCUAAAAGCAGCUAAGACUGUCGAAAUAUGGCGGCAAAGAGACAAGUGGGAACUGGACCGCAAAAUUGAUUUACCAGAGUCAUUCAAAAACUUUGCAGUAUCUCCCAAUGGCAGGUUUAUUGCACUAGCCAGAGCUUACUCGACAAUUCUAGUGAAAGAGACAGGGGAGGGUAUGCUGGUGCAAACUCUGGGGGGUAACGAAAUCAGAGUUGAAGAUUUAGCCUUCUCUUCAGACAGCCAAUUUCUUGUGUCCAGUGGAGAGGAUAAUUUUACCAAUCAAACAAUCAGAGUAUGGAGGAUUGUACCUGGAAAGCUCGCCAAAGUCCCAUUUGAACAAUCUGGAUCGAUUGCAGGGGUGGCACUUUCUGCGGAUGGCUCCCGGUUCGUGACAGCAAAAUUUGGGGGUGUGAUCGAAACAUGGAAUGGAGAUAUAGGAGAGCAUCAAAGAACAUUCAAGGCACCUGGUUAUGGUGGUACUAUUAGCAACUUGACUGUUUCGCCAGAUAACAAGCUGGUGGCAUGUGUGACUUACAACGGGCUCAUCAUGGUGUGGGACGCAGAGACGGGACAGAUUAUUGCGACGCAAAAGAGGAGACUGACGUCUCGGGACCAUUACUCACCAGUUCAGUUUCAAUUCUCUUCCAACAGUAAACUGCUGGGCUGGGUGAACAGCACGGGGACUGUCCGGAAUGAACCCACCAUGAGUGAGGAAGUUGAAUGCAGUACAGAAGAGUGUCCCUCUCAUAAUGAUGUCGCACAUACUCCAAGAAUAACCAUCCAAGAUGAAUGGGUGGUCUUAGGAGAGCAGAGAAGCAUCUGGUUGCCCCCAGAAUACCGGCCUUGGCUCUCAAGUACAAGCUGGGAUGCUCAAAGCAAUGUACUAGUUGUCGGACCUCAAUCUGGCAGCAGGCCUUACUCCAUUCGGUUCAAUCCACACAAGAUGUCAGCUGGACAAUUGCAACAGGACGAUGCUGAGAAAGAUUCUGAUGCCGGCUUAUCAAAUGACUCGUCUAUUCACUCUAUUAAUGAAGAAUAUGAAAGCGAUGGUCUUUCUUCUGACUCGGAAAGCUCGGUUGAUGGUCAACGAUGA